GGCCACUAUCUUUUUAAACUUUUCCCUUUUAUUCAUUUCGCUUGGAAAGACGAAAAAACUCUCUCUGUUUUGUGCGCGUUUGGUCACAGUCGGCUCUAGUGGCUUGUUUUGAUUGGAAAGCUCCCGAAGCUCAGCUCAGUUCGGAACUUCCCCCUUUUCUUCGUGUCGUUGUUGUUUUUGUCACCCGUCUUUCUGCGUCAAACGACAUUCUUCUACCCGCCCUCCAUUCAAGGAAUUCUUUUUUUACGUUUGUCGGCCUGAGGAAAAUUUCUAAUCGAAAAUAAUACCCAACGAAAGAGAUCAAGCGACACCCACCCAACAACCCGUUUUUAUUUUUGAAUUUUUAAAGAAAAAAGGCCACAGUUACAUGACAGACUCACUGGUGAAUAUAUCCCUUACUGUGAUUUCUAGACGUUUUCGGACGUAAACAAUUGAAUUAUCGUCUUGUGUGUUGAAAUCGUGUUCACGUUUUUCGAUGAUGAUGGUAAGGUGCGACUCACAUUCAUCCGAAUCUGUUACACAUAACGCUAGCCAGACCUUUGGCUGGAAAUCACCGACUAAUAACAAGGCUGCUGUUGUUGCUUCAUCACCACAAUCGAUGAUGAUCACCAAUGUUACAACAACAGCAACGGGAAUUUGGCCACUCGACCUGGAAGGUCAUACCCGUAACGUCAAACCAGAAGAUCAAUUCUCCCGCACGAGAUCGGGAACUUGGCCGAGGACGCGAUCGCUGAACGCACCCAGCCCCAUCCAGCAGUUUGGACCCUGCGGCAGGAUCAUGAAGAAUUCCGCCAUGGUCAUGACGAUUCAAGAUCCCGCCAGUCAACGCUUAACUUGGUACAAGCCGCCUCUGACGGUUCUCGUCAUCAAGAAGGUGCGCGACGCCACCGUUUUGCCGCCGUUCGUGCAACUAGUCAAAUGGCUCAUUGCGGAGAAACGUAUGGUGGUGUUCGUGGAACACUCGGUGCUGGACGACCCACUACUCAGCAAUCAUCCAGGAUUUAACAUGACGCGCGACAAACUCAUGUCAUUCCGCGAAGGCAAGGAUGAUCUCACCGACAAAAUCGACUUUAUCGUCUGUUUGGGAGGCGAUGGCACGUUGCUGUACGCUAGCUCUCUAUUUCAGCAAUCGGUGCCUCCGGUGAUGGCCUUCCAUCUCGGCAGUUUGGGUUUUCUUACGCCCUUCGAAUUUGACAAUUUCGAAGAACAAGUGACUAAUGUACUCGAAGGUCAUGCGGCGUUGACGCUGCGGAGCCGAUUGCGCUGCAUCGUUUUACGUAAGGACGACGCGACGGGCAAAGCCACUAAAGCGCCAACCAGUCUGCUCGUCCUUAACGAAGUGGUCAUUGACCGCGGCCCGUCACCCUACCUCUCUAACAUUGACCUCUACCUCGACGGAAAACACAUCACAUCUGUCCAGGGAGACGGUCUGAUUGUUUCGACGCCAACGGGCUCGACUGCCUACGCCGUAGCGGCCGGUGCCUCCAUGAUCCACCCGAGUGUACCCGCUAUCAUGGUGACACCGAUUUGCCCGCAUUCGCUCUCAUUCCGACCAAUCGUCGUUCCAGCCGGUGUUGAACUCAAGGUGACGCUCCACCCCGAUGCUCGCAACACGGCCUGGGUAUCCUUCGACGGAAGACACCAUCAAGAGAUGAAUGUCGGAGAUAGCUUGAGGGUCACCACAUCCAUUUAUCCAGUGCCGUCAAUUUGCGCCCAGGACCAAAUUUCAGAUUGGUUUGACUCGCUGGCCGAGUGUCUGCACUGGAACGUCCGCAAGAAGCAACGACACCUUGAUGAACUCUCUGAUCUGACGCGUUCCCAUUCGUCAUCCAACGAUACGCUCGACUCGCUCGAUCGGCCCGACACGCUCGAUAGUUAGGACGGGACUGGUAGCGCAUUUAAAUUACAUCGCAAACAGCAACACACGAAAAGUGAGCAGUAAAUCACGUAAAAAAAAUUAAACUGCGCUUUUCACUCCCCCGGAAAUGGAAGUACAGCAAGAUAUUGUUUUUUUUUCACAAAAUUGGAUUUUGAAAUGAGGUCAUUUUUUGGGGCAAUAUUUUUUUUGAUCCUGUGCGCUUUUUAAAGAAAAUCAAGUCUGAUAAAGAAUUGAUUAUUUUUCCCUCAUCCACUAUGCCACUGAUGUAACAUGUAUUUUUUUUUCAUUUUCUUUUAUAUAGAUUUAUAUUUCUCUUUGAAGUUUCACACAAGUGUCGCAACUCAACGUAAACAUCCUUAAAAAAAAGCCAAGCAAGUUUAAAGAAAACGGAGGGAAAAGUGUUUUUGUAAGGGACCAUUUAUAUUCCCUCGCCCUUUUUUUUUUUAAAAGAAGCUAGUAGAAAAGAGGCAAUUUUUUUGUGGUCUUGAAAAUUUAAAAAAAAAUCGCUGGAUUUAGUUAUGUUGUUGUUUUGUGUACAGGUGAAUCGAUAUACGUCAAAUUUUGCCUUAUAAAGAAAAACAAGUAACACACCCACACGCUGCAAACUAAACGUAAAAAAAAAUAGGUGGAGGAAAGUUUUAAAUUUUUUUAGCUCUUCACGAACAAGUGACAUUGCCCCAAAUUACGGUUAGAUAAAGAAAACCGUACUUCAUUGUCUUAGUUGUCAAUUGUUUGUUUUUUUUUCUCUCCCCCAAAAAAUUAUUAUAGAAUUUGUCCGCCCUCCCAAUAGCCCCAAGUUUUUCAUGCUCUAUAUUUUUCAAAGUUUAUUUUGGAUGAACGUGUGUGAAUCUUGUUGGUCUUUCUCAUAUUUUAGAUAUAGAAAAUUUGAAGUUUAAUAAAAAAUACACCUACAGCAGUGUUGCUCUCA